UAAGGCUUUCAUUCCUCUCCCAGCGGACAGAGAAGAAGAAGAAGAAGUUCAUUUCUCAAUCCAGUUGCAAGCGUAAAUUCAGAAUCUUUUGGUACUAAUAAGUCAUAACCCGUAUCUUUUCAAUGUCGCAUCCUCCGAUCCUUGCGGUUUUCAAGUUGACUGGGUUUUGAAUUGUGUAAUUUGAUAUUUUGAUUUUCUAUUGGACAAGUUUGUUCGACCCAAAAUAGGCAUCAAAGAACUGGAACUGCAAAUAUGAAUACUGUAAUGUAAUUCACAGUUUUAUGCUCACUAAUAGUCAUCUAAACAAAAUCAUAGUAUUCUCUCCUCCAUUACCAAGCUAGCUUAUGGCAACGGCAAGAGCUCUAUUUCCUUUUUCCACAGUUUUUCUUUCAUCCUCUACUCAUCUACUUUUCUCUUCCACCCUAAACCCCCCAAGUUUUUCAUUCGCUCCAAUCAUCAAGCAAAGGAGCUUUGCCAUUGCAGCUCAGAAUGCACGCACCCCGAUCAAUUCGGUCCACGAGCUGAUCAAGUCGUUGAUUAGUCGUGUUGAUUUAACGGAAGCCGAACCCGAAGCCGAAGCAUCUCUUGAAUUCUUAUUGAAUGAAGCGGAUGAAGCGCUGAUCAGCGCUUUUCUUGUGCUUUUGAGAGCCAAAGGGGAAACUUUUGAAGAAGUUAGCUGCUUUAUGCUCCUCGCGUGAUAAGAAAUGCGAGAGCGAUGAUGAAACGUGCCAGGAGGGUUGAAGGUUUAGUUGAUGCCGUAGACAUUGUUGGAAGUGGAGGUGAUGGAGCAAACACUGGCAACAUAUCAACUGAAGCUUCAAUACUUGCUGCAGCCUGUGGUGCCAAAGUUGCAAAGCAAGGAAACGGCUCAAUUUCUUCUGCGUGUGGAAGUGCUGAUGUAUUAGAAGCAUUGGGCGUGACUAUCGACUUAGAUCCUCUGGGGGUAACGAGGUGUGUGAACAAAGGUGGAAUUGGCUUUAUGAUGUCUCCGAAAUACCACCCAGCUAUGAAGAUUGUUAGUCCUGUUAGAAAAAAGCUAAAAGUAAAAACUGCAUUCAAUGUAUUGGGUCCCAUGUUAAAUCCAGCCCGGGUACCUUUUGCAGUUGUUGGAGUAUUUUCGGAAGGCUUGGUCUUCAAAAUGGAAGCACUACAAACAUUUGGCAUGAAAAGAACUCUAGUUGUGCACUCUGAAAGUUUAGAUGAUAUGAGUUCUCUUGUGGAAUUCGGCAUUCUUCGGCGCAAUCUAGAGAGCCUGAAAGGUUGUGGCCCAGAUUACAAUGCCGAGAUUCUGAAGCGCGUUCUUGCUGGAGAGAGGGGGCCCUUAGCCGUUGCUUUGAUUCUGAAUGCUGCAGCAGCUCUCAUGGUCGGCGGCUGCGUGAGGAACCUAGCAGAAGGAGUGUCUGUGGCUCGUGAAACACAGCAAUCAGGAAAGGCCCUCAAAACUCUCAACUUGUGGAAAGAUAUAUCAAUUAAAUAUAAAGAGGAUUCCGCCUUGGAAUAUGCUUAAAUCUUCUAACAAGGGCCUGUUUGUCCUUUUGCUGUAUGCAUACGAGUGCCAUUUGUGUCAUGGCUUGUUCAAGUAAUAAUCCACUGAAAAAGUUUUCGAAUGGUUAGAAGGAUUGGAACUUUGUAGUCUGUUCACAGGAAUCAUUUCUCAAAUUUGAUCCUGUGGACAAAUAUCAUGCAUGGCAUUUUAUGUCCA